GGAUCUGGUUUUAGCCUGCGUUUCACGUAAACAAAACACCCAAAAAUCGCCCCCGCAACGGACCAACGACUUCAACGUAAAAUGAAACCGUGUCCGAUUCAACAGGAGAUCGAAGCCACCAAUGAAACAAUCGCCGGGCUGCGGGAGCGCUUACGGCGCAUGGAACGAAAUUUGAAUGACCCCAAUCUGGCCGAGGACCGCAAACGGGAACUCUCGCUGGAGCUGAAAGAGCUCGCCAAACUGCUGGAAACGAACGAACAGCUGCUGCACAAGAUGCACAAGGAAAACUCCAAAUCUUUCGCUGUGGCCGCGUGCCUGUUCUUCAUUUGCUUUCUCGUGUACGGCCUGUACGUACUGGUUAAUGGCGCUUGACCGAGGGUUGCACUCGGCGAUUUAAUUAAAACACAAUUCCAACUACCUUUCUGACAAACUA